GGUGUCAAAUAUGUGACAAAGCUCCCUCAAUCCCUCUUUCAGCUCCUCUUCCUCAAUCCUCAUGGCCCCAGGUGCGCAGAAAGAGCAAGCUAUUUUCCAUUCACAAGCAUAAUCCAGCCUUUAAUUUAAAGCUUGGUGAAGAAUCCAUAUCGAGUUUGUUCAGUGGAGAAGUUAAUAGGCAAGCAAUGAAUCAAUAUGUUCCUGGUUGGACCGUGGCAGAUGACUCUGGUUGUCUGACAGAUCUUCUUCCCACGUCGAGUCAAAAGAAACCAAUGGGGCCGGAGAAUGAGCUUGUUGAGUUGUUGUGGAGAAAUGGGCAUGUUGUUAUGCACAGCCAAACACACCGAAGGGCGCCUGCCUACAGUGAAUUCAAACAGCCUCAGAGACAUGAACAGUCCCUCGGCAACUCCAGCAACUUGAUCCAAGAGCCUGAAUCUGCGUCGUGGUUCCAGUACCCCUUUGACGACCCGUUUGAAAGGGAAUUCUGCUCUGAGUUCUUCCCUGAAAUUGUGACAACUGCCGAAACCGAGAAAAUAAGCAAGGAGUUGAUGGAGGAGGAGGAGGAGGAACACAGGUUCCUCAAAUUCGGUUCCACCAAUGAUAGCAACAAUGAUUUUGCAGCAUCUGAUGCUAAGCAGACCACUCCUAGCUCUCAAGAACAUGUCAUGCCGCCUCCGAAGUCACAUUGUUUGGGCUCUACACCUCAGUCUUCCUGCUUAGAUAACGCAAGCCUUCCAAACUUUUCUCAAUUGUCGAAGAUGAAGGCCGAUAUAGGAUCCUCAAGCUGUCGACUGGGACACAAAGGAUCAGGAAGCAACUUGAAGGCGGGCGAGUCUUCGAUGAUGACUGUUGGAUCAAGCAACUGCGGAAGCAAUCAAGUCCAAGCCCAGACGGAUCCAAGGAAUACUUUAAGCAAUGAUGGAGCUGGAACUUGGGCAGGACUUAAAGAGGACACUGGAAUGAGGUUGUUGUCGGACAGACUUCAAUCGAAACCGCAUGAGGCUGCUCUAACAUCAUCAUCAGGUGGUUCUGGCUGUAGUUUUGGAAGAGCACAGAAAAACGCGAGUAACCAAAGCCACAAGAGGAAGGCCAGGGAGGUGGAAGAUUCUGUGUGUCAAAGCGAGGACGCUGAGUAUGAAUCAAUUGAGGAAAAGAAGCCAACUCAAAGACCGAUGGCUAAACGCAGAAGUCGUGCUGCAGAAGUCCACAAUCUCUCAGAGAGGAAAAGAAGAGACAGGAUUAAUGAAAAAAUGAAGGCCCUGCAGGAGCUCAUACCUCAUUGCAAUAAGACAGAUAAAGCUUCGAUGCUAGACGAAGCAAUUGAAUACCUGAAAUCACUUCAACUGCAAGUUCAGAUGGUGUGGAUGGGGAGUGGCAUGGCAUCAAUGAUGUUUCCUGGAGUUCAACAAUACAUUUCAGGCAUCGGAAUGGGAAUGGGAAUGGGAAUGGGUCACCCUCCCAUUCCGACGCUUCCUACUGCAGUCCAAUUGCCAAGAGUUCCAUUAGUCAAUCAAACAGUACCCCCAGCUUCCAGCUCAAAUCAGAGCUCCAUAUUUCCCUCCCCAGCCUUGGGUGCAGUAAACUUUCCGAGCCAGAUGCAGAAUAUUCAUCUUCCUGAAUCAUAUGCCAGAUAUCUUAGCAUGCAUAUGAUGCCACCACCUCAGGCGGCAAACUAUUGUACAUAUGGAUCUCACUUGGUACAGAUGAACAAGUCUGCAGCAGCACCUAAUAGCAGUUCACCAGCCAGUGCUGGAGGAGCUCCUGGUGCAAGUAUACGGAACAACAGAUCUGGUUGAUGGCCAAACUUCACAUCAGGAGCCUGCUGAAAUUGUGCCAGAAGCCAGAAGCCAGGAGAAAGAAAGUUAUUGAUACCAAGUGUCUUCUGAAACCAGCAUUUGUUAUGUACACCAUGAAAGAUGAGAAGCUCAAGUCUCCAGUUGAACUAGAAAACUCGAGAAAAUAUAAUGGCACUUGUUAUUCUAUUGUGUAGAAGAUCCAUAUCACAUAUUUUUUAUUUACCAUGAAAUAAUAAUGAUGAUCAUUAGUCUA